AUGCCUCGCUCCAUGGCCCCUCCCCCAUCUGGUGAAUUCCUGGUUAGACUCCAGAAGCCCUUCAACGGCACACCCACCCACACCGUCGACAUCACUGGCGAGCCCAACCGUUCUGCCAACAUCAAGCAGACCCAUCACCACGGAAACACUAUUGAGGAGAAGGUCGGCACCAUGGCCUCUGACGACGUCCAAGAAUUGAUGCGCCUCAUCUCUCAACUCCGUGGCUUCCCCUCGCACGAGACCAAGGAUGUCUACGGUCUUGACCAGGUCCUCGAGCUCCACACUCUUGAGAUCAACUGGUGCAAUCAGGAGAGCGACCCUGCCGCCAACGAGAUUUCAGACAUCUCCUCCGAGACCAAGCAGACCUUCAAGGACGUCGUCGACAGCAUCUCUGCCGCCGCUCGUCAGUUCGCGAAGGCCGACAACCCCCUCUAA